CAGAUGAGCCGACCAAUGACACGCAGGGGGAGAGACAGUGUGUCCGGCCCUGCCCCAUCCCCUGACUGUGAUGGGGGAGGGAGGAGGAAGAGGAGGAGGAGGAGGAAGAGGAGGAGGAGGGGCUUAAGAGUCGUGUGGAAGCAGAGUCGAUCAGACAAAGACGCUGCAGCAUCAGACGAACCAACGUCCACGACUGCGAGUAUCACCAGGACUAGUCCCGUCAAACAGGAGAGGCCUGGCUGCUUGUCUUCAUCCUCCUCAUCCUCCUCUUCUUCUUAUUCUUCUCCUUCUUCUUCUUGUUCGUACAUCUGCAGUGCAGCUAUGCCUGAGUGCUGGGACGGGGAACAUGACAUCGAAACCCCCUAUGGGAUGCUGCAUGUGGUGAUCCGCGGGGCGCCCAAAGGCAACAAACCCGCCAUCCUCACCUACCACGACGUCGGACUGAACCACAAGCUUUGCUUCAACUCCUUCUUCAAUAAUGACGACAUGCAGGAGAUCACCAAACACUUUGUGGUUUGUCACGUUGAUGCUCCGGGUCAACAGGUUGGAGCGUCGCAGAUGCCACAGGGGUACCAGUACCCGACCAUGGACCAGUUGGCUGGGAUGUUACCCACCGUGGUGCAGCACUUUGGGUCAAUUCAGAGCAUCGUUGGAAUCGGCGUCGGAGCUGGAGCGUACGUUCUGGCCAAAUUUGCUCUGAUCUUCCCGGACCUGGUCGAGGGUUUGGUUCUGCUUAACAUCGACCCCAACGAAGGAUGGAUCGACUGGGCCGCCACCAAGUUCCCCUCAGCUGUCGGGCUGACCAGUACUCUGCCUGAUACCGUCCUGCCUCAUCUUUUCAGCCAGGAGGAGCUGAUGAAUAACACAGAGCUGGUGCAGACUUACCGACAACAGAUCAACAACAACAUCAACCAGUUUAACCUGCAGCUCUUCUGGAACAUGUACAACAGUCGGAGGGAUUUGGAGAUGAACCGAAGUGGGACAGCGCUCAACGCCAAGACUCUGAAGUGUCCGGUGAUGCUGGUUGUUGGAGACAACGCUCCAGCUGAGGAGGGAGUGGUUGAGUGUAAUUCCAAACUGGACCCGACCAACACCACCUUCCUAAAGAUGGCCGACUCUGGUGGACUCCCACAACUCACACAGCCUGGAAAGUUGACUGAAGCCUUCAAGUACUUCCUCCAGGGGAUGGGCUACAUCGCGUAUGUGAAGGAUCGGAGGUUGAGUGGAGGUCCAGUGCCCUCGGCCAGUAUGACCCGCCUGACCCGCUCCAGGACCGCCUCCCUGACCAGCGCCAGCUCCAUGGACGGGUCGCGCUCCAGGGCCUGCACCCACUCCGACAGCACCGAGGGGGUGGGCACGGUCACCCACACCAUGGAGGUGUCCUGCUGAGGGGGCGGAGAAAGAGAGAGGGGAUGGGGGGGAGGGGGGGCAGAGAGAGGGGCGGGGUUAUGGGGGAGGGGGGUGGUGACGAAAACGCAAACAGGUAUGAGAAUAAAAACGAACAAAAAAGAAGAUGUGAAAGGUGGAAACGGGGUGGUCUCUCUGUCUUCACCCCCCCAACUGUAAAAUAUCAUAUGUAUUAACUAUUAACCCCCCACCCCACCUUUAAAACACCCACCUCAGCUCCAGCACUUACAGAGUUAGUUUUGUUCUCGUGUCAUCCUCGUUUGCUCAGUGUCUCCCCAUUCUUUUGCUUGCACUGUAUUAAAUAAACACCCCCACAUUAUCCCCCCCCCCCCCCCCCCCCCCCCCAAAAGAAGAAACACAGCACAGCAAUAUGUCAUAAUAAGCUGCCAUUAUUCUGGUAAUAUUAGGAAGUGAAAGACAGAAGAGCUAGGGGGUGCCACUGGGACGGAUUUUCAAUAUUGUCGUUUAUUUUGUUGUUUUCCAUUGUGUCAGAAUCUCUCUCUUUGUUUUGCAUCGGGGGCAUUUGGAGGGGGGCGGGGAAGGGAGCGUGUCCAGAAGGUGGUCGACAGCAGGAUGAUGCAUAUUGUAGCUGAGUGCAUCUGUAGCACAUAGAGAUGAACCGUUAGCUUCUAGAAUUAGUUGGCUUCGUUAGCUUGGUGCCGAUUUAAAGCUGCACUCGGUCACAUUUUAUUCCAAUCGGACUUUAACGUUUGAGCUUCAUCAUCAGCAUACAUAGAUUUUGGCGCUUUGUGAUGACGCGGUUAAUCGAGGGCUUUUUGCUCAGAAGUUGACCAUGUGUUGAUUAAUAUUAGAGCGUCUGCAGCUGCUGUGAGAAUCAGGCAAAACAAUAGUUUUUAUUGAAUGGAGUUAAACGCAGCAUAGACUGAAUUAUCUGUCUUUGCAUGAACACAGUGAGUUAAAAAUCAACACAAUGCAUUUGACAAUCAGUUGAGUAUUGUGAUGGAAGAUAAUGGGACUUGUACAUGUUUGGGGUCAUUAGGUCGCAUGACUGGUCACAUGACAUUAGUAUGCAUGUUUAAAAAAACAGAAAAAAC